AUGACGCCACCAUUGCUGUCAAAGCCAGUCGCCGACGAGCCAUUACAGCUGUAUGUCGCCGUCAGCGAAUCAUCGGUAAGUGCCGUCCUGCCAGAGAAGGCAAGACGGCAAUUGCCAGUGUACUAUGUAAGUAAGUCCUUGGUCGACGCCGAAACCAGCUACGACAUCACUUAUCAACCUCGGACAGCAAUAAAGUCGCAAGCAUUAGCGGAUUUUGUGGCGGACUUUAGCCCUACACUAGAAGCAAUAGCCCAAACAGAGGUAAGUAUGCUUGAGGUUAAUACGACUAACAGUAAAUGGAUCUUGCAUGUAGAUGGAUCUUCCAACUUUCGAGGCGCCGGUUUAGGCGUAUUGCUAAAGUCGCCACAAGGGGACAUCAUAGCCCGAGCUGUCAGUUGCGACUUCAAGGCUACCAACAACGAGGCAGAGUACGAGGCAUUGUUAGCAGGAUUAACACUGGCUAAAGAUUUAAAAGCUACCGAGGUUGAAGCAUAUAGUGAUUCAUUGCUCAUCAUUCCCAGGGACCAAAACACACAAGCAGAUGCAUUGGCAAACAUUGGGUCAGCCAUGAGAAAGUCAGGGUUCAAAAGCAUACCUAUAGUACACCUGUCGGCACCAGCGGUCCAUAAAGCAACCACAGCCGAUAAAGCCAACGACGUCGAGACGGAUGUUAACGACAUCGACGUCCGUAAUACUGCUAUGCGUCAACAAGCUGGCAGACCCCGCUUAUCCAAUAUCUUAAGGAUGGACUCUCCCCGAAGACAAGCUACAAGCCAGAAAGGACCAUACCUAAGAUGUCUCGACGGCGACGAAUGCCGGCAAGUGUUACAAGAGAUGCACGACGGAUGUUGCGGCAAUCAUUCGGGAGGACGCAGCCUGUCAAACAGGACCCUACGCAUGGGAUAUUAUUGGCCGACGUUGCGCCGAGACGCUGUCGAGUACGCUAAGAAGUGCGACGCCUGCCAGCGACAUGCCGCCAUGUCACACAAACCUGCGGAACGGCUACACCCUACUAUCACCCCUUGGCCCUUCAUGAGAUGGGGAAUGGACAUCGUCGGAAAACUCCCUCAAGCACCGGGGCAAAAGGUGUUCAUGUUCGGCGUUCCUUCCGAAAUCAUCUGUGACAACGGUUCUCAAUUCAUAAGCACGCCCACAGGAAUUUCUUGGCUAAGUGGAACAUACAACUUAGCACCGCGACGCCUAGGUAUCCUCAGACCAAUGGUCAAGCUGAGUCUAGCAACAAAUCAGUCCUUAAAGUCGUCAAAGGCGUCUCAAAGCAGCCAAAGAACCACCCCCAGGACGGCGACGGGGCAGACCCCUUUUUCCCUAGUCUAUGGGUGUGAAGCUGUCCUUCCCCCUGAGGUACGUAUCCCGACAUCACGUUAUGGAUUACUGACGCCAGACAGGAACGAUGAAGAGUUAAGUCAUGACAUCGUGACAAGUGAAGAAUUGAGGGAAGCGGCCCUUGUUCGAAUGGCGUCACAACAACAGAUAGUGGCUAGAAGCUUUAAUAAAAAUGUCAAGGCUAAAACAUUCAAUGUCGGAGAUUGGGUCUUGAGGGAAGUCUUUCAAAAUACCAAGGAAGUCAAUGCAGGAAAGUUAGCACCUGCAUGGGAAGGCCCAUACAAGAUCCAGAAAGUAGUAGGCAACGGCGCCUAUCGUCUCUGCGCCAAGGAUGGCAAACUCAUACCAAGAAGUUGGAACGCCGUUCACCUUAAGCGCUACCACUUUUAA